AAAGAAGACCGUAAACACAAAUUAAGAGAGUCGAGAGCGCUACGGUACCGUGGUAUAUCUGUAGAGGGGAGGCCAGUAGGGAGAAUUGGAGAUGCGUUCAGAGGCUUGUUGUUGUUGUUUAGUGGUACAUCAUAGGAGAGCGGCUCUACGGCCAGGUCUUGAGCCUGGUGCAGUUGAUGUCUUCCUUGAAUUCAUCUGUCACUCUGGUGGACCGCUUCCAGAGGAUUUACUCCCACAGGUCAAGUGCCCGGUUCUAAUCGUGCUUGGACGAGCUUAUGGUGAUUUUGAUGCGGUUGAAGAGUUCGUUGUUUUGCCUGAAGCCCGCCACUGUCCUCAUGAUGAGAAGCAGGAAAUGGUGAACCCACUUAUUGAAUCAUUCGUUGUGAGACAUUCAAAGUCCAGUACAGCCUUUACUCCAGGCAUUUGUUCUCACUUUUCUUUUACAUUUUUGCACUGUACAGAAACAUAUCAUCUGAACCAACAUGAACUGUCCACAUGUGAAAACUCAGUGUGAGAAAACAGUGACUGUAUGUAUAUAUUUGAUGAAGUAGAGAGCUCACUAAAGGACACAAACCUUUUGC